CGCCAACAACCUAAACGACACCAACAAUGCACUUUUCCAAGCUCGCUGUCAUCCUCGUGGCCUGCGUCGCCAGCUCCGACGCCCAAUUCAUAUCAUGCACCCUGAAGACUUCCAAUCCGAACGGGGUGUGCAGAUUCGCCAGCGGGCCAAGGGGCUGUUCUCCGGGCACCAAAUGCGCCGGCGAAGGUCAUCCUUGCGCCAAUUCCCAAGGCGUUAUCAUCUGCAAUAUUUGAUUUCGCGCCAGUCUCGACGGGCGGAUCCGAGUUUCACGAACAUGCAGCAAAUCACCUGUGGCCAUUCUCUGCAAGCUGGCCGGAGUGAAGACGAGUGAGGACUCUGGAUUCCGAUUCGGCUUUGGGGAUUGAAGGCGGUGCAGAUCUUGGACGGCUGGGAAGGAGGGGAAGGUGAGGAGGCGGUGUGAUGCACGGCUUGUACCUAGUCUCCAAGCGCAAUUCAACCACCUUCGUCUCCGUUG